AUGCCGGACGGCUGCUGCCACACCGACUGCGUGGAGCGACCCCUGUCGCGCGCGCUCGGAGCCCUCGGCGCCUUGGUGGGCGCCCACCCGUGGCCCUUCCUGCUGGUGCCCUUGGUGCUCUCGGGCGCCCUGGGCACCGGCUUCAUGUUCCUCUCCAAAAACGAAGACAACAACAUCGAGCGCCAGUUCACACCAGUCGGCGGCCCGGCCAAAAGCGAGCGCCGCUUUGUCCAAACGCACUUCCCGACGGACGACGCCCAGCGCUUCUCCGCGGAGAGGCUGACCACCGAAGGCACCUUCGCCUCCUUCAUAGCCGUGGCCCCCGCAGGCAGCGACUCGCUGCUCACCCGGGCGGCUUUCGCCGAGCUGCUGGCGCUGGACGCGGCGGUGCGAGCGCUCAACGCCACCGGCCCCGCCGCCCCGCAGCGCUCGUACGACGCGCUUUGCGCGCGCAACAACGGCACCUGCAGCAGCCCCAACCCGCUGCUCAGCGCCGUGCAGGGCAACCCGGAGCGCAUCGAUAUGCUGCUCCCGGCCCUCACCUUCCCGCUCUUCCAAGGCCGCGUCUUCCUGGGCCCCUUCCUGGGGGGCGUCGCUCUGGGCCGCGGAGCCGGGCCGGCGCGCCCCGUGCGGAAAGCCAAAGCGCUGCGGCUCUUCUACUUCUUGCAGGAGGACGAAGCGUCGCAGCGGGCCAGCGAGCUCUGGCUGCAGGCCUUCCUGGAGCGCAUCCCGGGCAUCCUGGAGACCUUGAACCUCAGCUCCAUCCAGGUGGCUUAUUUUACUUCACUAUCCAGACAGGAAGAGUUUGAAAAAAAUACCAAAGGAGUGAUACCUUUGUUUUCCAUCACAUACUUUUUAACUAUAUUCUUUUCAAUAAUAUCAUGUGCAAGAGUUGACUGCGUACGAACAAAAGUGUGGGUUGCAACAUUUGGAGUGGUGUCAUCAGGUUUAUCCGUGGUCAGCAGCUUUGGAUUGUUGCUUUUUUGUGGGGUGCCAUUUGUCAUCACAGCCUCAAAUGCACCAUUUCUUAUACUUGGUGUAGGUGUUGAUGACAUGUUCAUCAUGGUGUCUUGCUGGCAACAGACUAGAGUAAAUGAUGACGUCGAAAAACGGAUGAGCAAAACCUAUGAAGAGGCAGCCGUGUCAGUAACCAUCACAACUCUCACAGAUGUUUUAUCCUUCUACAUUGGAAUUGCAACUUCCUUCAAGUCUGUUCAGUCAUUUUGCCUCUACACAGGGACUGCUUUCAUCUUCUGCUACAUAUACAACCUGACGUUUCUCGGGGCUGUUCUUGCUUUGAAUGGAAGAAGAGAAGAAAGCAACAGGCACUGGCUCACCUACAUGAAAGUGAAACAGGAGAGUGAGGAUGCUCAGGGCUGUCCAUAUAAUGCCUGCUGUGUGGGGGGAUUUUUUGAUAAGUCCACUGGAGUAGAGAUUGAGCAUCCCAUGAAUGGAUUCUUUAGAAAGCAUUAUGGCCCUUUCCUCAUGCACAACUGGACCAAAGCGUUUGUGGUUCUCUUGUAUCUCGUAUAUCUCGGCAGUAGUAUUUAUGGGUGCACUCAAGUGAAAGAAGGUAUAGAUCUUCGCAAUCUCGCUACAGAUAAUUCUUACAUCAUUCCAUAUUAUGAUUGGGAAAAGGAAUAUUUUUCUGAGUAUGGUCCAAGGGUUAUGGUCAUUGUUACUGAAAGCAUACCAUAUUGGAAUUCAUCUGUCCGUGCAGAUCUUGAAAACUGUCUGGAAACUUUAGAAAACUCUUCCUAUGUGGAGAAAAAUUUUUCAGAAUCAUGGUUGAGAAUUUAUGAAACUCUUGCUAAAAACAUGUCUUUAAAUAUAAAUGACCACACAAUUUUCAUUAACAAUUUAACUCUUCUUUUUACAGUAAAUCCAGCAUCCAAGUGGGAUAUUAAUAUUAGUGGUACAGAAAUACCAGCCUCACGGUUCUUCAUACAGACAGUCAAUGUUUCUAGUGCAGUGGAUGAGAAAAAUCUCUUAAAUCAACUGAGAGGCCUUGCUGAAGACUGCAGGGUACCACUAAUGGUCUAUCAUCCAGCUUUUAUAUACUUUGAUCAGUAUCUAGUAAUAAUCCAGAAUACUAUUCAAAAUGUUGCAAUAGCUACAGGAGCCAUGCUGCUUAUUUCCUUGCUGCUCAUUCCCAAUCCUCUCUGCUCACUGUGGGUAACUUUUGCCAUUGCAUCUGUUAUUGUGGGUGUAACCGGUUUCAUGGCCUAUUGGGAUGUCAGUCUUGAUUCCAUAUCCAUGAUCAACCUGGUUAUUUGCAUUGGGUUUUCUGUAGACUUUUCUGCUCAUAUUUCUUACUCCUUUGUGGCCAGUAAGAAAUCCGAAGUGAAUGAUAAGGCAGUGGAGGCCCUGUAUCAUCUUGGGUACCCUGUUUUGCAGGGAGCUCUUUCUACUCUGUUGGGAGUUGCCAUGUUGUCUUCAGCAACCUCAUACAUUUUCAGAACCUUUUUUAAGAUAAUGUUUUUAGUCAUCUUGUUUGGGGCUGUUCAUGGUCUCAUUUUCAUUCCUGUGUUCUUAACGUUCUUUGGCUUUUGUGGCAGGCAGGCAUUGGAACAAACCCCGCCAGUGAUACUAGAUAAAGAUUGCCCAUAA